GCCAGAGUACCUGCCUGCCACCACCUGCCUGUGGAGGAGAGACUGUAAAGAUGGAGGCCAAAGGUGACAUCAAUCUUGUAAAGGGGCAAACAACCUUCAUGUUGGAGCUAUACCGUGCUGUGUUGUCCAAGGGUGGUGAAGUUAGUACGAGCAAGGAGAACAAAAAGCUACUGAACGUAGCACUCUCGCCCAUGAGCAUUACUCUCGCACUGGCGGUUGUCUCUGGCGGGUCAGCCGGAAACACGUUAACGGAAAUAAUCGACGUUCUCCGGCUUCCUACAAAUCUGGCUGCUGCUCAUUCCUCCUUGACAUUUCUGCGCAGGAAUCUGCUCGGAGGGCCCACCUCUGCCUCCACUUCAGAUUCAGCUGCAGCCGCGAAAGUUCAGAUCGCGACCGGACUUUGGGUGACUGAUCGGCUGCCAUUGAAAAAGGAGUAUGAGGAUCACGUUGCCUUGUACGAGGCUCGUGUGGUCCCUGCAGAUUUUGUGGGGGCAGCAUCACAAGUGCGUGAAGAAAUCAACCGGUGGGUGAGCAAUCAGACAUCAGGAAAGAUACAGCAGGUCGUCCCUGAAGGCCUGCUUCGUGAAGCCUCUGUCUUUGUGCUUGUUAACGCGCUCUACUUCAAAGGGUCGUGGCAGGAAGUCUUCUGUAAACGGUAUACUGCCCCUGGGAACUUCAUGAUACCGGCCAAAGGUGGUGGCUUGGAGACUGUUGCAUACUGUAACGGUGCAGACCAGAACAAGAACCGACCUCUCAAUACAAAGUACAAGAUAGCGUAGCAGAAGACUUAGAUACCAAUGAUCCGAACAAUCAAUAUUGCAAUGCAGC